AGAAGAACAAGGGUGAGGUCCAUAAUUGACAUUGCACAAAUGACGAACAAAACAUCCAAAAUUGGACAAUAUUUGUUGGUGAAUAUUCUGUCAACUCUGCCUCCGAAAUCUCUGAUGCGAUUCAAGUGCGUCGCUAAAUGGUGGCAUGCUCUCAUCAACGAUCCCAGGUUCGUCGACAAGCACCUCUCCCAUUCCUUGCUGGACGAUCAAUCCACUCGUGUCCUUUUGAAGCGAAUGUUAUUCCCUUCUACAGAGGACCCAAACAGGGACAAAUUUCAAUCCGUAUUCUCAGUACUUACUUUUGACAAUGUCAUUGUUGAUGACGACGAUGGUGUUGUGCACAAGUGUAGCACUCUUUCUGGGAUCGAGGACUUCGAUGUUCCUCUUGCUAUGAGUCUAGAGAUUGGAGAUGAUCAAUCAUUUCACGUUGUAGGUCAUUGUAAUGGGAUCAUUUGUCUAGCUCGACCUAAUUCUACUAAGGUGCUUUUGUGGAAUCCGGCAAUUCAGGAAUUCAGGGUCCUUCCCUCGGAGACAUACAUUCCAGAUUGGUUCGAGGAAGCAUCCCUUAGGGAUCCUCAUCCUUGGUGGUUGGAUAUGCCUUACAUGCCACUAACAAAUCGGUUCCAUGAUGUUUUGGGAUUAGGCUAUGAUCCUAAAUCUAAAGAUUACAAAGUUGUCAAAAUUGGAUUUUCUUGUUCAGAAUUGCAUGGCGGCACACAACAUUUGAUUAUUCAUCCUCUCAAGGUAGUGGUGUAUACCUUGGGAACUAAUUCUUGGAGAGAGAUCGAGCCUUGUUCUUUAGAAACGGAAACUACUUUCCUUUGGCCUGAAACUUUUCAGGUGUACUUCAAGGGGAUGUGUUAUUGGAUAGGAAGUGAGCAACAAAAGGAAUUUGUCCAUUUCUAUGAUGCUGGCCGUCAGGAGGAAGAAAAGAUUAGGCGAGUGAUCGUUUUGUUUGACAUGAGUCGUGAGGUGUUUCAUGACAUACUGUUACCACAUGAGAUGCUAGAGUUCAAUGAUUUCGAAGGAAUUGGUAUUCAAAUGUGUCUUAAGGUGUGGAAUGAAUCCAUCGCUCUUUUUCGCUUGAAUUAUAAUACUUUUGAAGGUGGUGAUACACUACCCUUUGAAAUGUGGCUCAUGGAUGAUGAUUCUCGUGGUGGUGCGAAUAAUGAGGGCGGUGUUUGGACAAAACACUUUGCUGCCAAGAUCCCAUGGUUCUCAUUGUCCCCCUUGCUCCUGCAGAACACAUCGGCAAUGUGGAAAAGCAACGAGGUUCUUAUGUUAGAGGAAAAUGGAGGCAUAGUAUGCUAUAACCUCGGCACUAAAAAGUUAAAAAAUCUACCCAUUCAAAGUGCUGUAAGGAUUAUUCCCAUUUUUCCUCUGCCACCUUCUUAUUUUCCAGAGUGCAAAGCAAAUCAUUCACCCGUUGUAUAUGUGAAGAGUAUGGUUUCGGUCACGGAAGGCAACAAGUACAUGUGUACGUAGACAUCGAAAGUAAUGAAAUCCUUUUGUUGUCCAAAUUACGGAUGUCUUUAAGAAACUUGGAGUCGAUUAAAAAUUUACGAGUAUAUUUGAUCAUGUUUGAUUAAUGAAUUAACUAAACAGAAAAGGCAUGUUCAACAAUCUGCAAAUAUGAAGCAAUACAACCAAGAAACGAAAUGAUGGCUACCCGCAGAUAUCCACCCUGCAGUGUUGCCUUUCAACGAAGAAGAUGAGAUACACAAACAAUGUUCGAAAUUAAGUGUAUUCUCUCUGAAAUGCUUGUAACUUCUCGUCUUUGUGCUUCAGAUGAAUCCUGAUCAUUCUCUGCAAUUACUUUUGUCCAAUUCCUGGCACAACUUCAACAUUAGACGGACAAAUAUGGAUUUCUGGGCGCAUGAGUA